GGUGAACAUCCGGUUACCGGGAAUCAUGGGAGGGGAGUGUUUUGUGACCUCUGUACCCCUAGAAUAACAACCUCCUGCGGCCUACUCACUGUGUGAGGUUGCGGAUUCCGGGUUGCGGCAUCAUGCGGCUCCUGUUUUUCUCGGCGUUAAGUUCUGAUGCCUCGUAGGAAGCAGACUGCAUGUAAUCCGCGUAAGCCUCGGCUGGUGUUUCUGGAAAGCCCUCAGGCAGGUCACCUCCAUGAGUAUGGGGCUCACCCGCAGAAGACUGAUCCCAUACAGGUGCCGACCAAACCACUGGAUCACAACGCAUCCACGUCCUGGGUAUCCCCACAAUUUGACCAAGCCGCGCAGCUGCAUUUCCCAGCGCGGCGGCGACCGCAGCAUACCUCCAUCAACAGCACCUUGCACGAUGGCACCAGGGACACAAGCCGCGGUCAGAAGAGGGGGGCUGCCAAAAAGGCCAGCGUCUGCAAUUUUCCGUCCUUAUCGUUCACGAGUGAAACUGCAGAGAAAACCCGGAGGAAGUCGGUCUGUGUCCGAAGGAAGCCGGCAUUACAAGUAUGUACUGAAGGGAAGGCACGCCUGUCCCCCAUUCUGCAGGAAAGCUUGCACGGAAAAGCGUUAAGCCCGCCUGAUAUACGGACACCUGAUGUAAGCCUGGAGUGCGAGCCAAGCGCGCGGCUUGAGGAUGAAACACGGACGCCUCGGUCCAGGGCGCGGGCUGAGCGGGAUGCUGUGCCUGAGACCCCGCAGGUUGCAGGUCCAGGGCAGGUACUGGCAGAAGAUACCCCUGAACAUGAAUAUGGAUUGCGUAUCACAUGGAGGAGACGGAAGCCGCUUAUGAGAUACCUGAAAGAACGGGGAAAGCUCCAAAUCAGUCAGACUCUGGUGAAACAAUAAGGACUGGAUGUGGUCCUCGUUAAUGAAUGCACUUCUGUGAAGUUCUGAGAGAGAGCGGCAGGAACCCAUUGCGAAACACUAUAAAAUAAUGUAUUGAAUGAACAAAUCGAUCGGAUCCUGUGCUUUUCAUAGUAUAAGGGUGCAUGUCUCGCAGCGUGGGACUAUGCCGAAAGAAAUGAGUUUGGGUCCCAAAUCAGCUUGGGAAGAUCAAGCUGGACAAAUUCUGAUGCAAAGAAUUAUAUUUUAAAGGAAAAAAAUCAUAUGGAAACAAAUUUAAAGUGCAGGUUUCUUAAAAGAUGCUUUACAAUCAAAGCUUGCCAUAAGUCUUGUAGCUGUCGCUGUCACAUAGGGAUAAAGACUACGAUUAUGGCUGCCUGGUGUAUUGCUGAGCGCACAUGCGCAUGCACGGUCCUCUCUGUAACAGCGUGUGCUGCUUUAAGUGUUAAGGUUUUAUAAAAUAAGUUCCAUUUCUCCUUGAAAUUGACUGUUCAGGGAGUCGAUUUGCUCUGGGAUGAUUUAGGUGUCAUGGAGCUAUAAUCUAUCUCCUGAUUUACCUGCUAUUUCCUGCUCCGUUUUGAUCAGCCUGGCACUUAAAAGCCAUGUUGCCCGAUUAUGAAAUUGAUUAUUUUUACACGAUUUAUUGAGCCAGCUAAAAGUUGGGUCAUCUGGAAACACCUGACUCCAAAACGCCCCCCAAUGUGUAAAUCCUGGACAUAAAUAGAGCUUAAAAUUCUAUUACGGGUCAUGUCUGGUUUAACAGGGUUUGUAUUUUUUGUGUUCUUCGGGCUCAUUGCUAUAAAUAAAUAUAUUCAGGGACAAUAUAA